ACCCUCCAAAUAUCAUUUCCGAUCCUUCCGAAAGCUACCUAUCCGGGUAUCGAUAAAAAACUAGUGACGGUCCGCCAUUCAUUUCGCUAUUAACACGUGCAGACCGGUUCGUUGGUUUCGAACAGAGAGCAUUUCCGCGGACAAUGCUGAGAGACCUUUGAUGUGACCGCCAUGUGUUGAUACAAAAGGGAAAUAUUGAUACGUUGUGACGUUCGCAUAGGGGUUGUUGAUGUUGUUUGGCAGAACGGGUCGCCGCUGCAUUCAGAAUGAUGAUAGUUGAUGAAAUUUCCAUGGCGGAGAAUCAGAUAGCACAGGUUAUUGCUUUUAUAUGUGGACUGAUAGUUAUUAUACUGAUGAUAAUGGGCUUGGCAUCGACAGACUGGCUAAUGGCAGCUGGUUGGAGGCAAGGUUUGUUCUUGCAUUGCAUCGAGGAAGGAGCCAAACACCCUUUGCCCUUCAAUAUGCAAGAACCACCAGGUUGUUACCAAUCUAGAGACGCAACAUAUAUCAGAACUGCGGCAGCACUUUGUGUUAUCACAUUAUUGACUGACCUUGUUGCCACCAUUCUAACAGGAUUAGGUCUUAGAUCGAAAGACCAUCAUACCAAAUUCAAGUACUACCGUUUCGCCGUCAUUGUUAUGGCCCUUGCACUUGUAUCCAUCAUCUUAGCCCUCAUCAUAUACCCAGUCUGUUUUGCAGCUGAAUUGAAUCUAGGUAACAGAACGGUCUGGGAAUUUGGCUGGGCCUACGGAGUGGGUUGGGGCGCAGCUAUCUUCUUAUUCGGUGGAGUUAUUCUGCUGUUAUGUGAUAAAGAAAGUGAAGAGAUUUACUAUAAGGAAAGGAAAAUAGUGCAAGAUAACGAUUCUCGUGCCUAGUGGCCACAAAGUCUGCCCGAUGUUGUUCUCUGAUCGUAAGGGACGCAAUGACGUCAUCUCUCUCCGAGAAUAUGCAAAGAAUGAAAGAUUCGUGUAAAUGCAUGAGUGAUCAAAAUUUUCCCGGUCAGUUUGAUUACUUUCAAGUUAAAUCUGAUCGAGUAUUCGAACAAGGCAAUGAUACAAAAACAAACUGACUGGAUUUUCGAUUAUUUGCCAAUUUGCUUUAGAUGAAAAUUCUUCGGUAUGUUCAUUACUGAAAUUUUAUUUAUCGGCCCGAUGUAUAAUGUUGUAUUUUCUGUUGAGCGUGAAUGAUGUGGUGUGCAUGAGAGACAACCCGGGUAGGCUUGAUGGUGCGUGAUAAAAAAGACUCGAAUACACUUUAAGGUAAAUUAAGGACUGAUGUAUGAUUGUAAUAUUUGUUACGAGGCGUUAUCGUCGAUAUUGUUUGAAAGAUUAUCAAAGAAUAAUACAUAUUUUGCUAAUAAAUUUAAAACAUUUCCAUAAGGAUUGAGGCUGAUUUUGUUAAUAUCCGAUUUUAAGCAUUUCCAUCACAAAAGAGAUUUCAAUGAUGAUAUGGUUUUUUUUACUAAUAUUAACCCAAAAACGUAUUGAAACCUAAAAAAUUUCUGUUUUUAGUGUUCAAUUCAUAAUCAAUCCUUAUGAGAAAGCAAGAGUAAUGCUUGUUAUUUCAGUACUUACAUAGCUUUUUUUUACUAAAUAUGCAAGCAUUAUCAUCCCACAUUCAAUAGAUAACCUCUUCCUUGAGGUUCAUUGAGUUAUUUAAUUUACAAAUAUUUUUCAAGACAAGUCACAACAACCGGCAUAUCGAAAUAAUUAUUCAACUCUAAUUUAUUUAAUGAAGGUGCUUCAUGGUUAUCUAUUUCGUGCAUCUUGAACCUCUACUCAGCAAGAAUAUAAAAUUGAAUAUCAAUUAAUACAUAAUGAAAUAUUAUUAAGAUUCCGUAAACCCUAGCAGAUUGUGAUUUGUCAUAAAGUAACACAAAUGGUUUGAAAUGAACUUUAACUGAUAGUAUAUUUAAAAUGUACAGUGAAAAAAUGAUGUUUCUUAGACAUUCUCUCUAUUAAGUGACAACUUAUAAGUUCAUCGCUGAGUCGACUUUACUUGUUCAAAUUUUUCAUUAAUUUUUAAUGUAUUCAUGAUUGAGUCUAAUAACGCAAUAGUGAAUUGACCAAUAGAAAAUAUAUUUUAUUUCUGAGCCAGAACUCAGUUUGUCAUUUUUAUUCUUCUGAAGUGGCAGCGUUUUCAAGCCCAUUUUUUUCGAAUUCAGGAUUGGUUUAUCCGCUAUUGCACUCGUAGCCUCAAUUUCUCAUAAUAUUCCUGUAAUGAUUCAACUAUAAUUUAUUUUAUCGAAUAUUAUGUAAUUAUUGGACCAAUAUUGAAAUUGCAUUAAUAACUCACAAAAGAAACCCAAUAAAGGUUUCAAUCUUUCCUGAUUGUUUGGGAAUUAAAAUUUCGGUUUCAUCCCAAAUAUAACGCUUGUAAAUAUUUAAUUUCGAAACAUUAGGAGCAUAUUAACCCUAGUUUUGUGAUAUAUAACUUGUAAAUACUGAAUGUAAACUGAUAGGUUUGUUGAAUAUAAUUAUGAAAGCAUUGAUGGAUAUGGAAUCAUUAUCAUCAAUAACUUCCUUCCAACAAAUAGAUACUAAUGUUUAUAUCAUAACCAGUAUGUAACACUUCUUACUAACGUUUUUAAUUUAUAUUAAUAUUAUUCUAUCUGCAUGUGUUCAAUGUGUUUUAUUCAUUAAUUUUAACUUAUUUAUUGGAAUAUACUCUGUUCAAUAUUUUCGUUAUUUAGAACUAGGUUGUGUCAUGAUGAUUUACAUAAGUAUUCAAAAUAUUAAGCAGCACAAAGUUGAAUUUCUUGAAAAUACUCAAAUGAAAGUAUGUUUGCGAUGUUUCCUCAUCCAAAUUAUUAUUUAUAAUAUAGAAAAUGUUUUAGAAAUCCUUUUAUCAAACCAACAUAGUACAUAAGUGAAUGGAUUCAAUUUCUGAGAAAAUAGGUAGCUUCUCAUUUGUGGAAUGAUGGUUUUUUAUAUGUUCAAAAACAAAGUGUAUAUUGAGUAUAAUGUCUUCGAUAUAGAUGAAAUACUCAAAACCAAUUGAGCACAUUAUACCUAUUAUUUGUAAUGCAUAAAAUACAAUUUCAAAAUUG